CCGGUGAAGCUGUGAAUGGAGGACCCUCUGAUUAGGUUCACUCUCAUCAAGUACAUGAACUGUCUUAGGACGGAUGUUACUGAGUGUUAAACUGAUUUAUGACAGAUCGGAAUAUUAAAAUGCCCUGUACUUUUACAGGUUGUUAAAUUUGCAGAUUAUUUUCUCUCUUUUUUUUUGCUAUUCAAUGUCAAACAGUAAUAAAACAUGACUUUUUCACAGGAAAGAAAGCAGUUUUGCUUGGAAAAAUUUGAUUGGUCAAAAUAGUAGUUAUUUUCUGCCAGUCAUCGAAGUGUUAAAACAGUCCCAUCCAUCCAUUUGUACUCACAAAGACGGAUAAUCACAUAUGCUCACACAGUCACGCUGAGGGGCAGCGAAGCGCAGCCAGUUAACACAAUGUGCGUGUUUUGGGGACUGUGGGAGGAAGCCCACGCAGGUACAGCGUGCUAACUCCGCCCAGACCGGGAUUUGAGCCCAGAACCCUCAUGUUGACAGCGCACACACAGUGAGGUGGCCAUGUGGUGGUUCCAGCAGGGUCUGUGCUUCCUGCCCGCGGCGCUGGUCGUCUGGACGGCGGCGUCUUUCGUCUUUGCUUACAUCACAGCAGUGGUGCUGAAACAUGUGGAUCCUCUGGUGCCUUACAUCAGUGACACAGGAACGUUGGCGCCAGAGAGGUGUGUGUUUGGCAUCAUGCUGGAUGUGUCAGCUUUUUUAGGUAUGGCAACAGUGUAUGUGCGUUACAAACAGGUGGAGGCUCUGACAGGUGACACUGAGGUCAAACUCCACAGGCUGAACUUCUCUGGGCUGCUGCUCGGCUUAAUCAGCUCCUUUGGGAUGUGUGUGGUCGCCAACUUCCAGAAGACCACUCUGUUCUCCAUGCACAUAGUGGGGGCGGUGCUGACCUUCGGGGUCGGGGCUCUCUACAUCCUGAUUCAGACGGUGCUCUCAUUCUACAUGCAACCUCACAUCCACAGCAAGUUCAUCUACCUGGUCCGCCUCAGCAUAGGAGGCUGGACGCUGUGCAGCAUCAUCAGCAUGUUUGUAUCGUCUGUUAUCAUGUACAGCAGUCUGCGGGGAGUGGACGUAGUUGACAAACUGCACUGGACUCCUGGAGAGACGGGCUACACGGCUCAUAUUGUGAGCACUGUGUCUGAAUGGUCUCUGGCCCUCUCCUUCAUCAGCUUCUUCUUCACUUACGUCAGAGAUUUUCAGAAAAUUGAUUUGCGAGCAGAGGUAGCUUUGCAGUGCAGCCACCUGUACGACUCGCCACACGGAGGCAUCACGGCGUCCCAGCACAAACGGGAAGCCAAUGAGUCAUCUCCACUCCUGGCAGGAGGAAUUUGACCUGCAGAGGAACAUCCCACAAUGGCUUUUUACAACAGUUUUCCACUUUUCUAUUGAAAGGCUUUUUAUAAGGUUUUUGUAAAGCUGGUGUAUCGGCUCUAAAAGAGCGAGUACAAAGAAACAUUAUGCUCUCUUCCCUCCGUUGUUGGAAGAAGGAUAUUUUUAUGACCCUUUAAACCCAAAUAUGAUGCUUUGCACUUUUAUCCUCAAACUGCAUCAGUCCCUCAGGGACUUUGUCUGCUUCAGCACUGCACUUUUUUUUCUUUUUUUUUGUUCAAUUAUACUUUAAUUUUUUAAAAUGUCCCGCUUUGUUUUUUAUUAUACCUGCUCUUCCUGCAUGUGUUUCUCUGGGGGUCGUGUGGAGCAUUUAAAAAAAAAAAAAAUCAUUUGAAAUUUCAUGCAGAUAAACUGAGUUUCCAGCCGGUGUACAGUACAUAACAUUGUUUUGUAUUUUUGGGAUUGUCUUGAAGGCAGUUCCAAUUCUGUGCUUUCUUUUGGGGGUUUUUUAAGGUUGUUAACAGUAAAUAUCCACACAGAACAUUACAGUACAGUUUCCGGUUUUUACUGCGAAGGCCAAAGAUAUACUCCAGAGGCUAUGUUUCAGAAUUCCCCUAAGACCUUGAGUUUACCUUGCACUCAACUUUGUUCCCCUGUGGGUGGCGCUAAUCAGUAGUUGUAGAACUGGUCUGACUGUAACGAUGGAACAGCUCCCCCUGCUGGAGAACCAGCGGCCUGACAAACACCUGUGUGGUAACAGGUGCUGUGAUGUGCCACCAAAGUAAUGAUAUAUUUUAAGAGUGCGACGUUAUAAACAGCAUUACUUUGCCAAUUAAUCAUUAUAUUCCUUUGUUUUUUGUUACAAAAGCUAUUAUUUAAUCUUCUAGUGCUGAUGUUAAUUCCUCUUUCUAAUGUGUUUUCUUAUUUCAGACCACAGUUCAUUUGUAUACCGCAUUAACAUUUACAGUUUUUUUUUUGUUUUUUUUUUAUUUUUUACCAAAACGCAAUGUAUGUCUCUUUUAGGUCUAAAAGGUGUCAAUAGCAUUGCUUCAUAGCACUACAAGUGGUCAGAAACUCCACAGGGGACCAUCAGAAACAGCUCUGUUGAAUAUGAAGAGAUGUGAGCAUCUAAAGUGAUUGGUCAGACUCCUGCUGCCUAUGAACUGCGAACAUAUCUGCAUUUUAACAAUGCUGAACUCAACAUCCAGACUUGACUUGAUACUGUACUGUUUUGAUGGUGACUGUUUCUGUUGUUCAUGUUAAGAUGAUAAAGAUUUACAUCUUGUUUUUAUUUGUAUAAUCACACUUUGUCUAUUUCAGUUUAGUAUAAACAUUUUUAUAAUUAAUUCUGAUUUAAAGCUGCACUAAUCAUUAUUUUGAUUUUAUAAUGGUAAAACUUUGGUUGUAGAGAAUUCUCUGCACCAUUCAGAGCUACAAACGAGCCUCAAAUGCGCCAACAGUGGGAUGAUCGUAUUGCUGCUCAUAAUACCUUAGCAGCUGUGUUUUCAGCUUGUUCUGCUGCCCAGAAGUGGCCAAAACUUAGGGCUCAGUGAAAGCCUGAUCCAAACUUGUUCAGCAGGUGUUUACAUUAAUCACAACUCUGUAAUACAUUCUAUUAUAACUUAUUAAUACGUAAUAAGUUCUUUGGGUUUGUCAUUAACUCACACAGUCCUGCUGCCGAUUCUGACCUGAAAAGGAUUCAACAUGUAUAACACCUAAUCUAUAUGUGACAUGAAAAAAAUGAGAGUAUAUCCACUUACCUUCAUCCAGGAUUUUAGAAAUACUUAAGUCCAAUUAUAUUACUGAUACAUUAACUGAUUAAAAACACUUUGGGGAUUCAAAACCUUGUGACUAUGUGUUUCUGUAUCAGUGCACAGAAGGAAAACUUGCAUCUGCAAAUAGACAAGGCGCUUGUGCUUUUGACAGGACAUGAUCUAAACAUUAAUGCAGUUGUCCUUGGCUAGGUUUUAACUUUAGCUAGCUUAGUUAGUUUUGAACUACCCCUUGAGGAUUUGUCAACAAUAGCAGAACAUUGUUUGACCCAAACACUGUAAAUUCAGAGUACAAUAAGCCAAAAGUUGGACCUUUGAAUCCCAAGAAACACUGUUAAACAUGAUGUACAAUUUAUUAACUGCAGGUCACAAUGAUUCCAUAAAGAUGGAUGACAUGACAUCUCCCCAAAAGUAAAGCUAAAACAUCACCGCACAGGUCAAAAUAUUUCCAAAAGAUGGUUUCUGUUUUAGAUAGUUCUUAAUACACUGAUAAGUUUAGUUUUAGUUAGUUACUUGAUGUUAUAAAAAAAGCAAAACAUUAUCAUUGAAUCUGAUUGACAACAGAGUGCUGCUCAUGAUUGGGUUGGGCAGGCUGGAACUCAAGUGAACAAACACAACUGCAUGAUUCUGGCUCCAAAUGAUGUCAUCAGCGCAAGAUGGCAGCACUCAUAUGCAGACUUCAUUUUUGUACAGUGAGAGGAUAAAAACAUGUGUUGUCCAUCCUUAUGUCAAUGGCUAGAGAGAUUUUUUUUUUUCUUUCUGAUACUUGUGGUGCUCUGGACAUUCAUGAGGUAAUCUAGUAAGAGUAGUAAAGGAGUUUGUUGAGUACAGCAAGCAAUUCAGCACCUUUUCUCAUUAUUUCACCUUAUUUUCAACCACAACAAAACAAAGUCAAUCAAAAUCCCACACAGAUGGAAGCAAAUACAGUUUUAAUUUUCUCAUAAAACUAUGACAUUUCUAUGCAAAGCAAACAUCUUAAAAGAUCACUCCCAAGUGGUUUGAAAACAAAACGAGGCAGUGCAUCUUUUAAACUGACAGGCAUAACCUUUGGCAAACUGAUUUCAUAUUAUUCAGACGACCCACUGAAACCCUUAUCAACCACAAAAUAUUUCAGCUUCACAGCUUCAUGGUGAUGCUAACCUGCCUGCACUCUACUGAUCACCACAACUGAUCAAAGCAUAACAAUAUUACAACACAUUAUAAUUAAAAUGAAUGGCUUGAACAUAUAUAUUACAUACAAUCAGAAUAAUAAAUAAAGACACUGGAAAUAGAGAAGCAGCAUUGUUUGUUAAAUCAGUAAAAUCACAAUUAAAAAGAAUAUCUGAAGCUGAUCUUGACAAACAUGAAGGAUAUAAAUGAAUGAUGAUGCUGUGAGUUAGGUUAAGUAAUGAGUUAAAGGGUCAAUUCGUCCAAAUUACAAAGCAUACACAUCUUCUCUUUUCCCUCUCCAAUCAAAUGCUUGCAGUUAUAAGAUUUGUGCUUUUUCGGGGUAUUUUCUGAAGGAAAAACAACUUUUACUCAGCUGGAAAGAAUUGUGUUUACACCAAAAUGAAUCUCUCAGCUGAUGUGUGUACCAUUUUUCCUUGUGCAGGACAAACAACGCCCUAGCAGUGGAAUGUGUGUUGUUGCAUGAGAAUCAACGCAAACUGUCGAGGUGAUCUCUCAAUGACAAAUGGUGACAGUGAGCAGUAUUAAAGCAGCUUUCUUCUGUAAUAUCUCAAAUGUGAGCUACAUUAGCGAUUUCUCUCUAGAGAAGCUGUCUUCUGCAAACAAACCAUGGAAGUCAUCAACAAGAAGCACAUGACUUUAUGUUCUUUUCAGUCACUUUUUGUUUUUGCAAAUUGAGGGUCAGGCCAGAGGGCAUCAUAUGUUGUAAAGCUCCUCGAGGCGAACUGGCAUACCUGAUAUUGGGCCAUAUAAAUAAAAUUAAGUUGACUAAACAAGUCUGGAUGGAGUCUGGACAGAUGGAGAAAACAAUUACAAUAUUUGUCAGAAAAAUCACUGUGAACUGUGACAUUGUGUACGAGGUACCACCAGAAAAUUGUGGCACAUGUGUAACUUGUGUAAACUGACCCUUGAACAUCAAACAACGAGCCAGAUGAGAAGCAAUAAAAGUGCAGAUGUAUCUCACAACUUCAGGAGGUAGUGAACGUCCAACAUGUACAAACACCAAAAACACUUCAUUCCUUGAGUGCACUGCAGAAAGAUGCAAAGAUGAACAUAUCGAGCAAGGGUCAGGCCUUAUCCAACUCCCUGUGUUAACUAGCUUAUUGUAAUAUCCAGGGCUGCAGGUGUCCUGAUAAUCAGACAGAAUAUCUACUAUCUACUGUUUCUUUUCAUUCUUCAGUCUGUCUUGGUCUUCAUGUUAGCUGUGAGAUUGCGAGGGGCAGUGACUAAUCUGUCCUGUUAACAUCACGUUAAGUCGACACAAAUCAGCAUUUCCUCGCAGCAGCUCACCUCAAGCCCCCCUCAGCAGUUAGAAAUGUUUUUCUUCCUGUUCCUCCAGUUGAAUAUUUGAGUUUCACUGUCUGUGCAGUCUGACACUAUUCACAUUUAUAGCUCAGAAUGUAAAUUUGUGAUUUUAGGAGGCAGAGCCUACGAUCUUGAUUCGGGACAUCGCAAAGGGUUUGGAAGCCGUUUCUGGUCCAGUACUCAGCAUACAUAAGAGCGAUGAGGAAACUUGAAGUUUCUUGUGUCCAGCAGCUAAACUUGUGAAAUGACACAUUUUUGCAUAUUCAUACAUUCUGUUCAUUUUUUUGUUUGUUUGUUUGCCUAAAUGAGGGAAAAGGACAUGAUAAUUUAUUCCUUUAAGCGAAUUUACAUUAACAUUUCGUCCAAAUUAAAUGUCCCCAUACUCAAUCCCAAGCUACAAAGCUCUGACUAGUUACAGAGGCCACAGGCGUCAAUGAGCACAACACCACACCUGUUUUUAAAUCAGCGAACAGGUCGCAUAUGUGGGCCGUGAUUUAGAGUUCUGGAACCAGACGAAUGCCAAAGCACUAAGAGUUUCACUACCUUCUGAAAGAGAAAUACACCCAAUGAGUUCUUCUUUUGUUUUUUUUUUUAAAGCGCUAAAGAUCUGCUUGAAACUAUGGCACAAGUGCAGCACAUCCAACACAUCUGAGAGUCACAGAGUUUAAAGUGUGUUGAUGUUGUUGUUGCUGUUAUACAUAAAGGACAAACUCAAAAAGUCGCUUUUAAAUCCUCUAGACCUUUGAAGUCAAGCAUGCAGUGGUUUCCAGUUUUCUGAGGACAAUGGAAGGCUAACCAGAUGGGUGCAGCAUCAAAAAGAGAAAAA